GCAUCAUUGAUCUUUGUGAUUUGCAGGAGCUUCAAAAUGCACAAGGAGGAACAGGGGACACCUCUGUCAUUCUAUCUAUGAACAACAACCGGGACCUGGACCUGGAUGGCAUGCUAAGAGACAUAAAGAAACAAUAUGAUAGUGUUGCAGAGAAGAGCAAACAAGAAACACAAUACGCACUUUCCCUUAAAAUGCAGCAACUUCAGUCUACAGUUGGAAAACAAGGAGACAACCUAAAGAGCACUAAGAGUGAGAUUUCAGAACUGAACCGUAUGAUACAGAAACUGAGAUCUGAGAUUGAGAGUGUCAAAAAACAGAUUGUGGCUCUGCAAGCUGCAAUUGCUGAUGCUGAGGGACGUGGGGACCUUGCAGUGAAGGAUGCCCAGAAGAAGUUGACUGACCUUGAAGCUGCUUUGCAGAAGGCCAAAGAAGACCUGGCCCGUCAAAUACGUGACUACCAAGAGUUAUUGAGCGUCAAGAUUGCCCUUGAUGCGGAAAUCUGCACAUACAGAAUCCUGUUGGAAGGAGAGGAGGACAGAAUGUCUGGACAAGUAGUCAGCAAUGUGAGCGUCUCUGUAGUUGGUGGAGGUUCUUCUGCCGGCGGAAGUGGAUUUGGAAGUGGAUAUGGUGUUGGAGGAGGAAGUGGAUAUGGUGUUGGAGGAGGAAGUGGAUAUGGUGUUGGAGGAGGAAGCGGAUAUGGUGGAGGAGGAAGCGGAUAUGGUGUUGGAGGAGGAAAUUGCUAUGUUGUUGGAGGAGGAAGCAGCUAUGGCGGUGGAGGCCAAGGAUCUGGCAAUUACAACCAAUCAUCUACAAGAUCCUCGGUAGCUGUGUCAAAAACAGUAACAUCCUCAGUCAAGCAAUCCUAUUAAGAUGCACCACUGUCAUAGCACUAAUUCCCACCCUUCAAAGCCAAACCUCACUAUACCUUUGUCAGUGUGCUCAAAUGGAAGAAGCUUCACUAGUUAUCUUCAGUUGUAUCAAUCUGGUCCUUUCCUUUUUUGUUCUUAGAUAUAUGCCUGACUAUAAUUUAAACCAUCUAUGCUUCCCUAUUACAACAACCCAUAAACUGGUUUUAUGCAAUAAGAUUUUGAUUGGCUAAUUACACAAACUUU